AUGAGUAUAGUAACUAAAUCAAUUGUAAAUGCUGAUGCAGAAGCUAGGUAUUUAAGUCCAGGCGAAUUAGAUCGUAUUAAAAGUUUUGUUUUAUCUGGUAAACGGAGAUUAAGAAUAGCUCAAGUAUUAACAGAUAAUCGUGAACUUAUUGUAAAACAAGGUGGUCAGCAAUUAUUUCAAAAGCGUCCAGAUGUUGUUUCUCCAGGAGGAAAUGCAUAUGGUGAAGAAAUGACAGCUACUUGUUUACGUGAUUUAGACUAUUAUUUACGCUUAGUAACAUAUGGUAUAGUUGCAGGAGAUGUUACACCCAUUGAAGAAAUUGGAUUAGUAGGUGUAAAAGAAAUGUAUAAUUCAUUAGGUACUCCAAUUUCUGGUGUAGCAGAAGGUAUUCGUUCUAUGAAAGGUGCGGCUUGUUCAUUAUUGUCAGGAGAAGACUCUGCAGAAGCAGGUUUUUAUUUUGAUUAUACUUUAGGAGCAAUGCAGUAA